AUGGGAUCAAGCUUGCUUCAAUGGGAAUCCGACCCCCUAUUUUCAGCCGCCGAAGUCGUUCAAGAUUCAGCUGACAGGAUGGAAUCGAUUUUUCGCCUUCUUUUGCAUGAACAAAAUCUUGUUGAAGCUAAUAAUUAUGACCCGAAGCUGCUUACUUUGAUUGGGUAUCACAGUCGCGAUCUUGCUACCAUACUUGAAACAGCAAAAUGGCAGUUGGAAGAUUUUGAACGAGCAGUUAUCUCAUCAGCUAGGAUGGACCGGUCUCAGUCUAGGGAGGCUGUGAUUUUUAGACAUAAGGAGUUUAUUAGUGCUAAUGAACAAGAUAAAGAUAAUUUGGCAUUUUUCCUUUCCGGGGGGAUUAACAAUCACUGUUAUGAGUUGGGUGAUAGUGACAUAUUUAAAAGAUUUCUUGAUCCACCCGCGGCAUCAUGCUCAUCAGAUGCUGGAAUUGUUGGAAAUGAAUGUGGAGAAAUUGAAGAAGUGAAUAUGAAUGGUAAUGCUUAUAGUAGCCAUUACUAUGAUUCUUUGGAGGAGAGUAACCUAAGGAAAGUGGAUUCUCAAAAUUCUAUGAAAUUGGGUCUAAAUGCAGUGAAUUCUUUCCAAGAGAGGUCUUGUAACAGGAAUGCUGACGAUGGAAGUUGGUAUAUAGAAGCUGGUGAUAGCAAACCUAAGUGUUUCUUCCAUGAGAAUAAGCUGAGAGGUUCUUCCAGCAGUAUGAAUCUCAUUGGAUUCUUCAAUAAUCUGUGGGGAAGAAGGGUUCCUAGCAGUUAUACAAAGCGAUUAAAAGAUGGGGAAGAAGAGCAUUCUCCUUUGGACAUUGAUGCUUCUCAUGCUGCACAGGGCCAGCAUAUUGGACUAUGUUCAGCACUUAGAAACCAUGGCCUCCAGGGAUUACAUUGGUUUCUGACAAAGGUCAUGCACUUGAGAAGGAGGCUUGGGGCAUGCAAUGCCAGAUUUGAUAGAUUUUCAUAUCUCGUUAAAGUUAAUCAGCGGUCCAUAAAAAUGAUACUGGCAAUAGUAUUUGUCUUCACACUUUUAGGUAUAUUGAUCUUCCAUAUCGCUUGAAAGUGGUCAUUUGCUGUUUAAUAGGAAUAUCGUUGCAUCUGCAAAGUGGGUUUUGAGUGGAGUUGCUGCAGAUUACUUGCUCGGCUCCCAUAGCAAGUUGAGGAGCCAACCAUCAGUAACUACAUUCUGAGAUUGGUAAGCAAGCAGCCUUUAGAUUUUGCUGCUAUCUACAAUACAGAAGUAGCUAAUACAAAUGUAUGUACUCCAGCAAUUCAUCUAAGAAAUUUGUACAUAUGAAUGGCAUGCCAUUUCACAGAUCUACUUUGUUAGUCAAAACUUAUAUAAGCUGUAAAUGAUGAUAUCCAAGCCAUCUCGAACUCCAGUUAGAGUAACUGCUGAUCCAUGGUGUGUUCUACAGUUCACUUGGGUUAA